CUGUUUAUAGGUGCUGGGAGUUUCAUCAGCUAAUAAGUGCAUAGACUAUACAUUGUCUGUUCAGAACAAUAGAAUAUUAUUCGCUCUUUAAAAGGACUAAAGUACUGACACAUGCUACCACAUGGUGACCCUGAAAAUGCCGUAUUUAGUGCAGGAAGCCAUAUACAAAUGGUCAUAUGCAGUAUGAUUCUAUGUAUGUGGAAGCCCAGAGCAGGGUCAUCGGUAGAGAGAAGGUAGGUUGUGGACAUGUGAUUGAGGGAUGGGUGGGUUUGUAACUAAAGGGCUUCAGGCUCUUUGCUUGCUUGUUUGUUUUUGAGGUAAUGAGAAAGUUCUAUAAUUGUGCAAAUGGUUUUGUACAUCUAUAAAUAGUACAGAUUUGCACAUUAAGCAGGUGAAUUAUGUGACAUUUGAUUUAUAUCUUCAUUAGGCCAUUGAUAAGAAAAUGUAAAGUGACCGUCAGGCUUGUCAGCAGUGAGGACAGACCUGACCAUAGCCAAGCCAAAGCUUGGUGGCUCCAGGGGGUUCACCUUUUUGCUACAGUGGCCAUAUUGGAGCUCUUGUUCUGUCCCUGGCGCUGCCCACGACUCUGACAAGUGUGGCAUCGCUAACUCUCUUGGUGACCCUGUCAUCUCAUGGUGGCCCUGUCUUGGUGGCCCUGAUGCUUUGGAUCAGGAAAUGGUGAGAUGGAGAGCCCAGGAGUCCACAGCUACAACCCGCCCCGGCUUUGACUCCGUCUGUCCUCCUCAGUCGCUCUCAUCACAUCACCAGCUGCUGCUGCUGCUUCCCUCUCAGUACAGAACCAGACUAUAUGUCUUCCUCUAGGAAUGAAAAUAAUUCCAGUAUCUUGGUGUAAGGCCAGAGUUGGCUUAGUCUCUUUGAGAAUGAGGUAAGAGAGACAUUUGUUACAGAAUUCAUGUCUGAAGAAUGGAGCAACUUCUGAAGCCAGAACCUGCCUUACCCUCAUGCUGCCAGGCACUUGGCAUGAGGAAUGGCAUGGUCAGCAGGAGCCAGGCUUCUCGCCACUGCGGGAGCGGCUCUGACUAGUUGAUACCUUGUAAACAGGCAGCAUGGUUUACAGAGUCUCAUCUCACUGGCCGCUCCGUCAGAGUGUCUGCUGGCUGUUUGCUCUAAUGCGCAAACCAAGGAUUGGCUGACUUAGACGAUUUACCACCCUGUCAUUUGUGCCACAAAGCAAAUUCACCAGUGAGGUAGGAUUGGACCUUGCAGACUGAACUGAUCUCAACAGCCAUGUGAUCCAGCAGUCAGUGAGCUAGGAGGACUCGAGGACAAUGCCAUUUGGGUAUGGUAAAGAGCACUGCCACCCAGCCAGGCAUCUAGGCCACGGCUGCUCUUGUGGAAGCGUGGAAGGUGUCAGGGUAUAAUUUCAAGUGCUCUUGGGUAAUUAAGCAGGCUGAGUCUCAGCAGCAGACAAAAAAAGCAACAGAACUGUUCUAGCUCUGCAAAGCCAUUCCCUCCGCUCCGUCAACGAGGCAGAGACUGCUGACUUUGUUGGCUGCUGCCUUCAUGGUGGUCCAGGACCUCUGCAGGAAGUCUGAAGACAGUUUGUCUUUAUAGUGGAUUGUCUCCUUUCUAGGUAGCCGCUCGCUUCCCUCCUAGGCUUGCAUGUGCUGUGGGUCUGCGCUUUUCUCAGAGGCAUCCCCUGCUCUGCGCUCUGAUUGGUUCAGAAUAUUGAGUUACCCUGUCUGCAAGAAUUUGGCUGCGUAUUCACAGGCAGUUGUAUAGAAGUGCUGUGUCCACAAUUACAGGCCUCCAUAACAUUCAGAUGCGUGUUAAAGGGAAGGACACAGAGCCAUCCUUAACCCUACAGCUGAUGACAGUUCGGACAAUUACAGGAAAUAUCUACUAUGCAAGGUCAGGAACAAAGGUUGUCGGGAAGGUUCAUGAGAAGUUCACACUGAUUGACGGAAUCCGGGUGGCAACAGGCUCUUACAGUUUUACCUGGACCGACGGCAAAUUAAACAGCAGUAACUUGGUAAUUCUGUCUGGCCAAGUGGUUGAACACUUUGAUCUGGAGUUCCGGAUCCUGUAUGCUCAGUCAGAGCCCAUCAGCUCCAAACUCCUGUCCAACUUCCAGAUCAAUAGCAAGUUUGACCAUCUGGCUGACCGAAAGCCACAGUCGAAGGAGCCCACACUGGGCAAUCUGCUGCGAAUGAGGCUGGCCAGGCUCUCAAGUACUCCCAGGAAGAGCAACCUGGGCCCAGAGGAGCCGCCAAAAGACAGAGCCAAACCCAAGCGCCCUGACUCUGAGGCUUCUACCAUCAGCGAUGAAGACUAUUUCCACAGCCACAAGGACCAGCUAGAGGAUAGUAAGGUGGCUGAUGCUGCUACCCAAACAGAGCCCAGAGAAGAGAUGGCUGCAGUAAGCCUGAGUGAGGUGGGAACUCAGACUAGUUCCAGCAUGAUGUGUGUUGGGACCCAAACCACAGUUGUCACCAGGGCAGCGAGCUCCCAGGCCACAGUGUGGUCCAAGUCCACUACCACACAGACUGAAGCUGACGAGAGCUUCCUUCCUCAGGGUGCCCAGUCCAAAGAAGGGUCACCGGCAUCCAAGAUGUCAGUGUCGAGGUCUUCCAGUGUGAGGUCAUCCUCUUCUGUGUCUUCCCAGGGCUCGCUGGCAAGCUCGGUGAGCUCCCAUGUCUCCCUGACGGCUGCUGAUCUCCACACUCCCGCAUACCCCAAGUACCUGGGUCUGGGCACCCCGCAUCUGGAUCUGUGCCUAAGGGACUCGUUCAGAAACUUAAGUAAGGAGCGGCAGGUCCACUUCACUGGCAUCAGGUCCCGGCUCACCCAGAUGCUCACCGUGCUCUCACGGAGAACGCUCUUCACAGAGCACUACCUCAGCUACAGCCCCGGGAGCUUUACCAGAGCCUCUACCAACCUGGUUUCUGUGAGGGACAUAGCCCUUUACCCUCCCUAUCAGUGACUGCCGGGUUCAGCCAGCCCUCUGUCCUGAGGCCAACAGAGCCUCACAUGCAUGGCCCCAGCCACCCUCUCCCACCUGACACUGGGCCACCUUUGCUUUGAUUCUGCAGCAUUGUUUGAUAUUUUUAAUUUUUGUUCUUUAGAAACCAUCUGUUGGUUUAAACACUAUAGGUAUUUUUUUCUCAUUUGCACAAUUUUAAUAUUCUAUCACUACAUAAGUGUUUUAAGGUUGGUUUGAGAGAUAAAUACUGUUUUAUGUGUGUGUGUAUUCUCUGUCUUAAUGCUUUGAGUCACCACUGUUUUUAAAAUCAGAAUCAUAUUUAAAAGUUAAACACCAUUGUUUCUUAACUGACUUUCUCUUGAAUAUCUGUGUUUGUAGUAUUAAAUAAGUAUAGACAACUUUUUGUUUGCCUGGAUUUUGUUCUUCUUUCUGGCAACCCUGCCUUUGUCUCUAAGGGUACAUCAUAAAUAAAUAUACUAUAUAGGUA